GUGACAGAGCUGAGCGCCGUGCCGCCCAGGCAGCGUCCGUGCGCAGGCAGGAGCCGUCAACAUGUUCACCUGAACAGGGAAAUCAGGGCUCGCUAAUGUCCUCCUAUAAAAAUCUACCUGCGGCACUUAUCUACACACUUUUAUUUGCACAGAUUGCGGAAAAGUAUUAGUAUAUUUUAAACCUGCCUUUAUUCUAGAGCAGACGAGGAAAAAGACUCCAAUACGCUGCAGCAAAUGGCAACUUGUGCAGUAACAAAUUACAACAAUGUUGUGGAGGCCCAGUCAGACUCCGAUGAUGAAGACAAGCUGCACAUAGUGGAGGAGGAGCCUGACGGAGACAGCCCACCGCCAGAAGAUCACCCAGCAGUAUUAACCCAGAAUGGGACCGAGCAGCACCAAGAUAACUGGGAUGGAGUGAAGGAGGAGUGUGGUUCGGAGGAGGAGGACGAGGAGGAGCAGGAGGAGGCCCUGGUGGGUGAGAUCCUACAGCAGGGAGACACAGCUGUCAUCUACCCCGAGGCUCCAGAGGACCAACAGAAACCUGAGAGAGGUGUCCCAGACGAGAAUGGCACGCCGGACGGUCUUUCCCAGCUCCGCACGUGUCCGUACUGCUCGCGAGGAUACAAGCGCUACACGUCCCUGAAGGAGCACAUAAAGCUGCGUCACGAGAAGAGCGAGGACAACUUCAGCUGCUCCCAGUGUAGCUACACCUUUGCCUACCGCACGCAGCUAGAAAGACACAUGACCCAACACAAGACCCAACACAAGGAACCUGUACAGCGCCACGCAUCCCAAACCACCACCACAACAGGGGGGAACCGGAAGUUCAAGUGUACCGAGUGUUCCAAGGCUUUUAAGUACAAGCACCACCUGAAGGAGCACCUGCGCAUCCACAGCGGUGAGAAGCCAUACGAGUGCCCCAACUGUAAGAAGCGGUUUUCCCACUCCGGGUCCUACAGCUCCCACAUCAGCAGUAAGAAGUGUGUCGGCACCGUGCCCAUCAACGGCACCCCCCGCCUAGUCAUCAAGGCUCCCCAGACCCCCAGCCCACAAACACAGCCUUCUGGCCCGGCUGUCGUAGCCCCGGCCCGAGGCCUCCUCCGGGGGGAGAAGACAGACGGCAAGCCCCUUCAGGAGCAACUCCCCUUAAACCAGAUCAAAUCGGAGCCGGUGGAGUUCGAGUAUAAGACGGUGGUGGCGGCGCCGAACGGGCCAGCGGGGACCAACGGGAGCGUGUUCAACGGAGGGGUGGCCCUACCACAGGGCACGGCGGUGCAGCAGGGCCUGGUCCAGGCAGUGGUCCUGCCCACUGUGGGCCUGAUGUCUCCCAUUAGUAUCAACCUCAGCGACCUGCAGAACGUGCUCAAGGUGGCCAUGGAUGGGAACGUGCUGCGCCAGGUGCUGGGGAGCGCUAACGGGCUGGUGACGUCCAAGCAGGGGCUGGCAGGGCAGACCGGACAGCAGGUCAUCUCAGCCAUCAGCCUGCCGGGCUUUGUGGACCAGGACGGAACCACGAAGAUCAUCAUCAACUACAGCCUGGAGCCCAGCCUGACCCAACAGCCUCAGCUGGUCAAGAAGGAGCCCCCAACUGGCCCCGCGACCACCUUCGCGAACACGCAGUUGGCCUCCAAAGCGGCGGAGAAACUCCCCCAGGACCUCAGCAUCGUCAAGACGGAGCCGCCGGACACGGAACCCCAGCCUGAGUCUGAGAGGGAGGUGGAGACGGAGGAGGCGCAGAGCGAGGUAGAGCGGAGUAUGGAGGCGGAGCCACCGGAGCCCGAGACAGGCAAGAAAUCAUGUCUGCUGUGUGAUGACUGUCCCGGAGGCUUGGAUGCACUGCACAUGCUCCAGCACUGUGAACCGGCCAAUGGGGAGGGAGAAGACGUCAGUCCCCUGGACACUUCCGUUGCCGCCCUGCUGGCAGAAGCAGGGAUAACAACAGGCCGACCCCCUCUGAAGAACAUGCUCUCCCUCCUCAAGGCCUACUUCACCAUAAACGCUGAGCCGACCUCCGAGGAGUUGGCCAAGAUCUCUGACAGUGUCAGUCUCCCCGUUGAUGUGGUCAAGAAUUGGUUUGAGAAGAUGCGGUCAGGUCAGAUCACAGUGGGUUCCCCUGGUUCCUCUUCCCUUCCACUUCCAACAGAGCCCAGCACAGAAACACAGACAGCCCAGGAGAAGAGUGGAGGAGCGCCAGAGGAGCAGCCUGCCUCGGUCCAAACCCAGGAAACAUUAUCUAGCCAAUCCCCCAACAGAUCGACCUCCCCUUCAGUCUCUGCCUCGGCUCCCUCACCACUAAACCUCUCUUCCAGCGGCCUGGUCAUUGUGAAGACUGAGGAGGACCUGGAGGGUGAGGCUCAAGAUCUUCCCCUGGACCUGUCUCUCCCCAAACAGCCCCAGUCGGAGCCCCAGGUCCCCCCCACCCCUCAGGAGCAACCCCUCAACCUCUCCUGCCUGAAGAAGGAGACACUCCAGGCUAAACUCCAGACCCAGGGACCCACCAACACCAUCUAUGUCUCCACCUCACCCAAGACAGCCACCUCCAGCCCGGUUAACAUCAUGACCUCCCAGCUCCCAACCCUGGUAGCCAUCACCAACCCGGGCAGCGGCGUGUCCUGCCUCCGGGCCAUCUCCACCGGUCCCAACAAAAGAACUAUACUCAUCCCCCAGCUCACCUACACAUACACCACUACAGCAGGCGCGAGCACCAGCGGGGCAGAGGGCCCUCAGAAGACCGUCAUACUGAACGGCUGCCAGGAGGAGAAGGGGGACACCAGCUCGGAGAGCGUGUCGGCGGUAGAGGAGCAGAACGACUCGGACUCUCCCCCUCCUCCGAAGAAGAUGCGUAGGCUGGAGAGCGGAAUGUACGCCUGUGACCUGUGUGACAAAAUCUUCCAGAAGAGCAGCUCCCUGCUCAGGCAUAAAUACGAACACACAGGAAAACGGCCGCACGAGUGCGGGAUCUGCAACAAGGCCUUCAAACACAAGCACCACCUGAUAGAACACACGCGGCUGCACUCCGGAGAGAAACCCUACCGAUGUGACAAGUGUGGGAAGCGUUUCUCCCACUCGGGCUCCUACUCACAGCACAUGAACCACAGGUACUCAUACUGCAAGAAGGAGCCCCAGGGAGCACGGCCAGCAGGGCGCCGGCUGGGGAUGAGCCCCCAAACCGAGGACCCGCAGUCAGACAGCAGGCCCACCUCCCCACCCUCCCAACUGGACUCGGACGAGAGGGAGAGCGAGGAGGAGCUGGAGGAAGAGGGGGAGGAUGAGGGCAUGGCUGCCAUGAGCAUGGAUGACAUACGGGUGGUGCAGGUCGGUGAGGAUGAUGAGGAGAGUGAGAUCUACGAGGUGGAGGAGUUUGGUGAGGAGAGGCUGGAGGAAGACGAAGAAAUAAGCAGAGAGGAGGUGCCGCAGCAGGAAGAGGAGGAGGUUGGAGGGUGCAUUGAGGAGAAGGCGCAGCAGGAAGAGGAGGAGGGAGGGAGCACAGAGGAGGAGACGCAGCAGGGAAAUGAGGAGGAGGGAGGGAGCAGAGAGGAGGAAACGCAUCAGGAAGAGGAGGAGGACGGGAACAAAGAGGAGACACAGCAGGAAGAGAAUGAGGGGAGCAGAGAGGAAGAGGCACAGCAGGAAGAGAGGUCUGUACAGGAGCAGGUGUGUGAGGAAGAAAAGGAAGACAGGAGAGAGGAGGAGGCACACCUGAAGGAGGGAGAGAAAAAGGAAUGGAGUAAAGAGGAGUGUGUACAACGGGAGGAUGUGUGUGAGGAGGAGGAGGUGAUGGAGGUGCUGGUGAUGGAAGGAGUAGAAGAAGAGGAGGACGAGGAAGAGAAGGGAUUGGCACCGAAGGAAACCAUGGCAACAGAGGACGCUAUGGAAACAGAGGACAAAGACGUGCAUGUGGACCAGAAGGACAUGCUGGUGGAGGACAGUCAGACAGAACCGGACGAUAACAACAUGGAUGGAGAUUAAAAAUAGAGAAAAAAUAAAUGUUAAUCCAAGGUGUCAAAUAGCAGGAUAAAAUCUCUUGUUGUUGUAAAAAAAAAGAAACAAAACAAACAUGCCUGCCACGUUAAAGCUGUGUCGGUCCACUACUGUGUUCAAACCCAGGUGUGCCUGAACUUGACAAAAAUAAGUGACUUUUUAUUGUGAAAACAAAUGUGUCAUUUAGACCUUGUUUAUAAAAGUAUUACAUCUUUUCAAAAGAAAAAAACACGCUUGUACAAGUUAGAGCUGACCUUUCGAUUAUUUUGUAACUAAGUGAAACAUAUGAUCCCAGGUCAUUUCUGUUUGUCAGUGUUAUUACUCAUUUUGCCGCUCAUGUUUUAACCUUUUAACCUGUACAGUUGAAGAAAGAUUUCUAUACCUUUUUAUCGCCAAUGAUGUUUGCUAAGAUUUUCUUGAGUUAAAAAAA